UUAUAAUUUGUGUACAUUUAUAAUUAAGAGAAAGAAACAACCUCAGCGCUCCGAAAAAGUGUUCCAUUCUCUCGUUGCAGUAGCAAACAGAAAGCAAUGGAAACCAACACACUCACACUCCCAAAACCCAAAAGGCAAAUCUUCAUUCUCUCAGGCCAAAGCAACAUGUCCGGUCGCGGCGGAAUCGUCAGGGCCCCCGAUCGCAAAUACUGGGACGGCGUCGUUCCGCCGGAGUGCAGCCCCCACCCCUCCAUCCUCCGCCUCGCCGCCAACCUCCAAUGGGAACCGGCAAACGAGCCCCUCCACGUCGACAUCGACACAGGCAAAGCCUGCGGCGUGGGCCCCGGCAUGGCCUUCGUCAAUGCGCUGCGGCCGCGCGUGGGUGAGGAGGUGGGACUGGUCCCCUGCGCCGUGGGCGGCACCGCCUUAAAGGAGUGGGCGCGUGGGGAGGAACUGUACGAGAAUAUGGUGAAGAGAGCGAAGGAAAGCGUGAAAGGGCACGAGAAUUGCGAGAUCAAAGCGUUGUUGUGGUUCCAAGGAGAAAGCGACUCUCUGAACGACGAAGACGCUACAAUUUACAAGGUUACCAUGGAGACCCUCAUCCACAAUGUUCGACAAGACCUUAAUUUGCCAUCUCUUCCCAUUAUUCAGGUUGCGUUAGCAUCGGGAUUUGAGUUCAUAGAGAAAGUGAGAGAAGCACAAAAAGCUAUUGAUCUUCCAAAUGUGAUUUACGUUGACGCAGAGGGAUUGCAAUUGAAGGAAGAUAAUCUUCACUUAACCACCGAGUCUCAAGUUAAGUUGGGUGGCAUGUUGGCUCAGGCUUAUCUCAAACAUUUUCAUGUCUAACUUCAUGGAAAUCAAGUCCAAGUUUAACCCCUUUUCUACUUUCAGUAAUCGAUUAUGGUUUUUUAUAUGUGGGAGAUGAUUGUGUGUGAGAGCUUGUAUUUCCGAACAUAUAUAAUAUUAUUAUCAAAUAAUAUUAUUAUCAAGUUUUUAGUUAUUCAA